GCCAAAAAAGUUUGAUAACACAAAGAACAAGUUAUCUUCAAUAUUGAGAGUCAAACCUGUUGACUUGGGUAUUUUUUUAUCUGACCAGUAAUAGUGAAUUUUUUUAGGGGGGGGGGCUUGAAUUUGUUUAAGAAAGAUUCAAUAUCCAAUUAUGUUUUCAUAAAUAUUCUCUGAUUUUUCCAGAGCUAACAUACCAUCAUCCAAAAUCAAGCUUAUUUUCGGUUGAUAAUCAAGGUUUAGUUCUUUUCCAUUUAUAUUGAUAUAUAUAUAUAUAUGAGAGGUAAAAGUUUCAGAACUUGGUUUCAGAAGGAUUCGAUCUUACAAAGAAAGAUGGUGGAGGCCAAGGAUUGUUCAACCAUGGCGGUUACUAAGAUAACAAACCAAAAGCAAACUCUUGGUUAUGAGUCAAAUUUCAACAGCUGGGGAUCAUCUAUUAGAGGAGACAACAACGAAUAUCCAUCUACUAUUAUUCUUCUUGCUGAUUAUAAAGGAAAAGUUUUACUCAAAAGGUGUUCUUCUCUUCAUAGUGAUAGCUUAAGAGAUGGCUCAGAAUCAGAGUUGAAUAAGGUUGAAAAAUCAAAGUUGAAACAAUUUAACGACUUAUCAUCAUCAUCAUCAUCAUCAUCAAGAGCUGGUCACAAGAAUAAGAAAGCUGUUUUGAGAUAUCUUUCUUUUAAACAAAGAGAUAAGAAGAAGAAUAACAUACCUGUGAUUCAGUGGGUGAUGAGUCUCCCUAAUAGGUCUGAAGUUGAUUAUUGUACCAUCAAAGACAAGGAAGCCAAUGAAAAAUCAGUAAAAUCAAGACCAGGUUGGCCUCUUCUUCUAAUACCAGUUCCUACAACAAGUUUAGAUUCUAAUUCUACAGAAUUCGAAACUGCGAAAAAGAAAGAUUUGAUAGUACUAUCAUCAAGAAAGGCAGUCAAUGAGUUGGAGCUUCUCGGUACAGCAAAGUCAUUGGAUUGCAGGAUAUUCAAAUAUGAAGAGUUGAAGGUUGCAACUUCUUCAUUUUCCUCAGAAAAUCUUAUUGGAGAAGGAGGGUGUAGCAGUGUAUACAGAGGGCAUCUUCAAGGUGAUAAAUCAGUGGCAAUAAAGGUUUUGAAGCCUUACAAUGAAGCUUGGGCUGAUUUUUCAUUGGAAGUAAACAUAGUCACCUUAUUAGACCACAAAAGCAUUGCUCCUCUUAUUGGUAUAUGUUUGGAGCAUGACCUUCUUAUAUCAGUCUAUGACUAUUACCCCAUGGGAAACUUGGAAAAUUACUUGCAUGGUGACAGUAGUGGUAAAUCAAUUGUGUCAUGGGAAUUGAGAUUCAAUGUGGCUAUUGCAGUGGCUGAGGCUCUAAACUACUUGCACAAUAAUUCUCCACAGCCUAUUAUUCACAGAGAUAUAAAGCUAUCUAACAUUCUUCUCACCAAUGAUCUUCAGCCAAAGUUGUCAGAUUUUGGUUUGGCUACAAGGGGUUCUGCAGAUUUGGCUUAUUCAGAAGAGACUGAUAUGGCUGGGACAUUCGGUUACAUGGCUCCAGAGUACUUCAUGUAUGGAAGGCUCAGUUACAAGAUUGAUGUUUAUGCUUUUGGUAUUGUCCUUCUUGAACUAUUAUCUGGGAAAAGGCCAAUUGUUGAAAAGGUUACUAAAGGGCAAGACAGCUUGGUCAACUGGGCAAAAAAAUUGUUAGAGAAAGAGGAUUAUAAGGCAUUGGUGGAUCCGAAGUUAAAAGGGAAUAUUGAAACUGCUCAAAUGAAGAGAAUAGCUUUAGCAGCUAAGCUCUGUAUUUCUCAGUCAGCUCGAGCUCGUCCAAAUAUGAGCCAGAUACUGGAGUUAUUGAAUGGGGCGAAGGAUGCUGACAUGUUUGUCCAAUCCCAUACUUGUGAUUCUAACGAGGGGCAUGAAGAUGAUGAUAUUGACUAUUUUCUGGAGUUUGGUAGUAAAGAUCGUCUGGAUUUUGAGAUUCUUGAUGAACAUAAUGAAAGUAUAUCAUCACCAAGUUGCCAGGACAGUGAUUCUAUAUCUUUAAGUAGUGUCGAAAACGUAAAGACCCUGCGCUUUAAGUUGAGAGACUUUUUUAAUCUCCGACUCGAGUAAAUAUGGUGCCUUAACUGUACAUAUGGAACAUUUUAAGGGGAAAAUUUGUAUGGUGUUGUAUUGAAUUCAUUGCGGCAGAAAUAAAAUGAUUAUUAAAUUCUUUAGUUA